CAAUAGAUAAGCCCCUAUCAUCGGGGAGUGCGGGGAGUGUCCGCACCUCGGCGUGGCCCAGCGCGGCAGCACUACGUCUCGCCAAGGCUCUGAGAGGGACAGAGAUGGAGCUCAAGACAAGACGCAGGAUAUAAGACCAGCAGCGCCGUCGCUCGACAGAGUGGUGGGUGGUACUCAGGCGGGCACACCAGUCUUCCCCACACGCCUGCCCCACAACAACACCUCGGAUGCCCCCAUCCCGGCUUCGGCCCAAGGAUCGGCCCGGCGCAGCAACCUCACAGCAACCACCAUUCCAGGCCCGCCGUCAGGCCACCAGGCCCCCCACCGUCAACAGCACCCGGCUAUGCAUGCCGAGCUGGCGAGCAGCGGGCGUCGGAGCAGCAGCAGCAGGAGGCGUCGACGAUAGCAGAGACACCUUCGCACGCUACCAGCCACGAUAGACAUCGGCCAAUAACACCUCGCACCAGAGAGCUCAUGUCGGCACAGUUCGGUCGUACGCACCCAGGCGGACUCACGCCGCGGCGCUCUGCGCUUCACGACCCGCACACUCUCACGGCCUAGGCACGGCGACUGUCGAGGCUCACAACACGGUUAUUUGCGGCUACGAGACCUUCGGCAAGGCAUUACCGCGAGGGCAUCUCCGGAGCGGGGGUAGGCAGUCGGGUCGGCCUCGUCCUGCAUUUAAGUCGCGCCGUUGCAGACGGCCCGGUGCCCCACCAUCUCCAGCACCCCACACACACAAUGCCAGCCUCCCAAGCCCGCAAAGUAGCCAUCAUCACCGGCGCCGCGCAGGGCAUAGGACGCGCCAUCGCGCUCCGGCUCGCAAAGGACGGGUUCGACGUCGCGCUUGCCGACCUCAAGACCAGUCGCGGCAAGCUCGACGCCGUCGCGGCCGAGGUGCAGGCUCUUGGCGCUGCCACGGUACAGAUUGACUGCGAUGUCAGGUCCGAGAGCGACGUUUACGCUCUUGUUGAGGGCGCUGUUGCGGCCUUGGGCGACUUGGACGUCAUGAUCGCCAACGCUGGCAUCGCGCCCGCCAAGAUGUUCCUCGACAACACGACCGAGUUCAUGGACACGCUGUACCAGAUCAACGUGCGCGGCGUGAUGUACUGCUACCAGGCUGCCGCGAAGCAGAUGAUUAAGCAGGGGCACGGGGGGAAGCUGAUCGGCAUCACCACGACUGAAGGCCAGUCGGCGUACUGCGCGUCCAAGUUUGCCGUGCGCGCGCUCAACCAGGGCGCGGCGAUCGAGCUCGGCAAGUAUGGGAUCACGGCGAAUGUGUACUGUCCUGGCCCGGUCUUGACGGACAUGUGGGCGAAGAUUGACCAGGAUAUGGCCAAGGAGCACGGGUCGAAGGAGGGGGAGCUGAGUGCUGCGAUGGCUGCCCGCUCGCCGCUCGGACGUAAUGCCGAGCCCGAGGACAUCGCCGCGCUCGUGUCCUUCCUCGCUGGCCCGGACUCGGGAUACAUCACCGCGCAGGCGAUCCAGUCGAGCCCUCUGGGCAUGUCGGCUGAUGACCCAGCCACCGCGGCCACCGCCGAGCCCACGCACCUCCGCAUCACCCGCGCCCUGUCCCUCGAGGCCCGCCAGGGCCUGAACAACCUCAUCCCCGAGUCCUGCGCGAGCCAGUGCACGACCCUCACGACGGCGUACGCCGGCUGCCAUAACAGCGACGCGGCGGUGUGCUCGUCCAUGUGCGGGGACAAGUUUGCCGAGGUGCAGUCCUGUGUCGACUGCGCUGUCGCCGCCGGCGCGUUCGACGCGAGCCGCGGCGCGAGCAUCGUCAGCUCGCUGCAGGGCGCUUGUGGUGGCUCUUCGGGCGGCAGCAGUGGUGGAUCGUCGGCGUCGGCUUCGGCAGGCGGUGCCUCUGCGUCGGCUUCGGCUGGCGGCGCCUCGGCUGCCCCCUCUGCUGGCGCAUCGUCCGCUGCUCGCCCCUCCGCGUCCGCGUCGGGAGCUCCUGCAGGCUCCGCCGCGCCGUCCGCUUCCGCCUCGGGCGCCGCGUCGUCGUCGGCGGCUCGCCCCUCCGGCUCUGCUGCGGUGUCUGGCUCAGGCAGCGCCGCGGCCGCGUCGUCGUCCGCUGCGCGUCCCUCGGGCUCCGCGUUCGCGUCGGCUUCGGCCUCCGCCCCGGCCUCUGCCGGCUUCGUCUCGGCCCCGGUCUCCGCGUUCGCCGUGCUGGCCGCCACCCUCCUCGCUGCCGCCGCGUUUUAA